UUGAAUUCACAAAUACCGAUCCAUUUCUCCUGCCACCGGCAAAAACAGUUUAGCGUUUCUCACGGUUUUCGAUAAAAGUUCGUAUCCACCGGAAGUAAUUUUAAGGACAUUUCACCAUGGAGGUCACCCAUUUAUUUUUUGCCGUGAUGAUAUUUGCUGGCUACGGCUCCGCUGUCUGGAUUUACAUUGAGCCACGCUAUGAAGCUGAUUUCCUAAACAAGAAUGCCGAUAUUUUCGAUCGCGCUGCCCAGGAGCUGUACGCUCACUAUCCCCAAGGCAGUCCGAUUCCCGCUCAAAUGCCAACGGAUGGCUUUCCUCAGUCGCAGGUGUACUCUGCGGGACCGAUGAAACGAAACAGUGAAAUCCUCAACACUUUGAUCGGACUUCCGGCGAAACUCCGCUUAAGAGGCUAAGAAAAUGUUUGUGACCUUUCGAAUAAGUAUUUGCGUAUGCAACACCUGCGGUACAGGCUUUUGUAUUGACAUGCUUCGUGCACGUGCCUAAUUUUCCGCUGUGCGCGAGCAGCAAAAUCAAUAUUUUUUCUAUGUUGUUAGUGAUCAAUACUUCUCGUGGUUGCAACGUUGUUCCUCGUAUAACAUGAAUUUCAUCUAAACCUAACAUAUUAAAUCCAAUAAAAAUACGUUUAGCCUUUUUAAUAAGCUGAAACAUAUGAGAAAACUUGUGCUUGGUUAACACUUGUAAACUGCAAGACAGUAUUAGAAAGGUAAUUAUUC